AUGUUUGGUGUGCUGUACCCUACAGGUGUAUGCCAUCUUAGUGAGCCACCCACCAGCUCCAAAUGACCACUUGACACCAACUCCAGUGUCAUACACAGCAGGGUUCUAUCGGAUUCCUGUCCUUGGGCUGACAACUCGCAUGUCCAUAUAUUCAGAUAAGAGUAUCCACCUGUCCUUCCUACGAACGGUGCCCCCUUACUCCCACCAGUCCAACGUUUGGUUCGAGAUGAUGCGCUUUUACAAGUGGAACCAUAUCAUCCUCAUUGUCAGCGAUGACCACGAAGGACGGGCUGCCCAAAAGAAGCUGGAGACCCUCUUGGAAGAGAAGGAAUCCAAGGUCAGUAUCCCCCACGCUCUGCCGCCUAAACUUCUGUGGAUACAGCAGAACCUUUAAAAGUCUCAGGCUUGUUGUAUGUACGUAGAGCCGUGUAUGUAAAACACCUUCUUUCUUCCCAUUGUUAACACGACUAACAUUAUGCUUUAAGCAUCAACGGUGUCUCUUGAGUAGUACCUAACGAAACUUUGUACUCUUAUUCAUUUCACUUGCUUUACCAUGGUCGAAAACCUUCUGCAUUAAAAAAAAACAAAAAAGAGAGAGAAAAAAACAAAAAACAUGCAAACGAAACCGGCAACAACUGUGAAAUGAGGAGAAACAUAACCUGGAGCUUUGCAAAUCCCCCUUUUUCAAUGGCGAGUGUGCUGAUAAAGCGAAAGCUCUCCAGAGUAGCAAGGAAGCUAUCCAAGGCCUCCUGGCUUCUUGUUGGCCAGCUGGGGUCAGAGAGAGAGAAAGAGAGCGUGAGA